GAUCGACUCAAGAGAUUUGGUUAGGGGUGUUCUGAGGAGCUCAUCGGAUGUUUCAAUCGAUACAGUGGAAAACAACAUGGCGAAUACUACCAAGACAGAUAUUGAUCAAGCAGAAGAACUAAUUGGAAGGAUCCCGAACCAUAAUGACAAUGUCAGGCCUUGGCAACGCAGCUCAAACGGGGAGGGCUAUAGUGAAAAAAGCUCAAGGUCGGAGGUUAGGAGAUUUGGCUACCAUGAACGGGGAAUUUCAGCACAAGGCCUAGGCGUGCUUGAAUGGAAAGGGGGGUUUUUGAAUGGGAAUAAGGGGUUAGAUGAGUCACUUGAGAGAUUGGAUGCGUCUGGAAGUAACAGAUCACGGAAGAGGAUAGACAAUCAGCCAGCAUCGGCGCCGGUACGAAGCGCAUCUGCAAAGGUGGUGAAUAGCACGCCUCCUGCAUCGCUGGGAAUGCAGCAAGGAGCGAAGGAGAAUUGUGAGCCUUUCCGACUGCAGAUGCAGCCGGUGAGAGAGAAAGCGGAUAGCACAAGAAUGAGAGUUUUGGAAGAGGAAAACAUUGAGCAUAGUCUGCAACAGCGACUAGAGAACGAAAUAGAUGUGGAUGGAGACGACAUCUGGCUCAAUAAGAGAAAAGUUUGUGUUAAGGGCGAUGAACAAGAGAAAUCACAUAACGGCCACACAUUCGAUGGAUUGUCGUCUCCUUUUCAUGCAUAUGAGCAUGAAAGCUUUAUUGAGCGAACUUCGCUAGAGUCUCUUAAUAGAACCAUGACCAGACUCAUGAAUGGAGACUCACCACCUCAAGAGACCGGUACGAGCCAUACUUGGUCAAAUAGAAAGAAACCAAUGUUUACUAGUGCAUCGAAUUCAGACUCUUCGACUUCUCAGUCUUCUCUUCCUCUCUCUCAUUACAUUCAGAGGCUGAGAGACGCUCGACGCAAGAAAUUGACUGAAAGUGGCAGGAAUCUGCACCAAUUUGAGGCCGUAGAGCUCAAAGUUGAUGGUGCUAUAAAGGAUGCUGGGUUGUCGUUGAAGGCGGAAUGCCGUGAUCGGCAAGAACCGUGUAAGUCAGCAUCAUCAUCCGGAUUAUCCUUGGCAAUCUUGCCACCCACUAGCUCUACCAACGGUAUUCUUAAAGAAAAAUAUCGUUCGUUGCCACCCACCCACUUUGGCAACAGGUUGAAGUCACAAUUGUACCCUUCCCUUGUCCAUUCACAAAUGUGGAACAGGAUAACACAGUCUGACUCUGGUCCAGCCACUCCGAUUCAGACGAGUCCAGGCAGUCAGCACCUUGCUGCCAUUUCAGGCAGCGGCGUCAUGAUUGAAGCCAUCCAUCUUCAAGAUGGAGAGCAGUUGAAUCAGCAGAGUCUACGUUGUUCACAUGAUGAGUUGGGCACCGGACCUCUGUGCCGCAACAAUUGCGAGAGUGUACAUAACGACGCAAACAAUGCAAAAAUCGCAGACCUGCAAAGGGUGCUUGGGGAGCUGAAAGGGUCUAUGGAGAGUGUGAAGAUUUGGAUUGAGGUCGAGGGCGAAGGAUGGCGGAAUCGGGUAGAUCGUUUGGAGAAGGAUCUGGAGAAAGUGAAAGAAAUAGAUCAGACAAAGUCUGCGAAUUACAGUGUUAGUAAUGAAUUCAAAACCAAGCUCAUAGAGUUCACGUCAGACACUGAAAAGCUCUUGCGGCAAGAGAGAGAGCAGGUGAGCUUAGGAACUGACAACUUAGAAGACCUAAGGCUAGUGGUGGAGAAGCUAAGAAAUGACGGAAAAGACAUGAAAUCGGAGAUUGAAGGGCUGAGGAACAUAGAAAAGGUCAUGAAGGUCGAGUUAGGAGAUCUGCGGACAAGGUUAGGAAAGGUGCAAAAUGAGACAGAAAAAAUUGAGCGAGAUUGGGACGCGAAAUUGGAAGAAGGCGCUCGGGAGAGGCUCUUGAUCAUGGAGAAAGUAGAGAACCUGUCACAGCUCUACUUGGGCGGCUUAAAGGAAAUUAGACAAGAUUUAGACCAUGUGAAACUGAGAUGCAGCGAUCGUUCUGAGGAGAUUGAAAGCCAGUGGAGUGAUUUAAAGAGGAAGCAGAAGCUAAUUUAUGAGGACAGCAACGCCUCCAUGCCACGCCAGGUUCUACUGGAUGAGCUAGACCAAUUCCGUUGCGACAUCGCUGAAUUGGUAGACACCGAACGUGGUCUUCUCAAGGAAACUCUUGAGAAAGAGAGUAGAUCGAUUUGGUGCAAAGUCAUGGAUGCUUACGCCAACAAUAAAAGUGACAUGUUGAAUAUGAUGAAACUGGAGAUCCAAAAGCAGUUGCAUAGUGCCAGGGAAAAUGUUCUGCUGAUGACAGAUGCUCUUGAGCGCAACUUGAACGAACUGAAAUUAAAAUUUAGACAUGCGCAGGAUGGAGCCGAGGAACUAAAGCAAAUCAUAAUAUCCGCUGAAAAGCAGAAGGAGGUAGCUGCGCAAGUAGCGGCAGACGCCACCGUCUCGGCAACGAAAGCAAGGGAAAUAUUAACUGACAUGUUGGUAUCCACACAAAGUGAAAUUACCAAUGUACGACAUGAGAGCUUGCUGUUUCAGGAAAAAUUGGCACUUGAGAAAGACAUGGCAAUUGCUGUAGCAUCCGAAACUCGUAUAGCGAGUCAGAAAAUGCAGGAGGAGAGAUCGGCUGCCAUUGCUACAUUUCAAGAAGUGCGAAAACAGGGCCAGGAACUUCAGGAUACUUUGGAAAAAGAGAGCCCUAAACUUCUGUCAACCAUAUUGGAAGUUCAAAAAGAACGGGACACCGCAUUGCAAGCCGCUGCAGAUGCCACCACCUCAGCCAUGAAGGCAGGGGAAGUACUGGCUGAGGUUCUGGGUUCCUUCAACUUGGAGAUGGCCAAAGCACGUCACAUAAAUAUGCAGCUACAGGAGGGAUUGGAACAUGAGCGUGGGCUUGUCACUCAGCAUAGACAAGUUGUGCACAACCGUUUCAGUGAAGAACUGGAAGUCGCCUUAGCUACUUAUAGACAUGCGAUGGAUUUAGAGGUUGCGAAGUUCAAAGGUUUCCUCCAGGGAGUAGAGAAAGAGAAUCUUCAGCAGGGGACGGGCCUUGCUUUGGUCGAUCUAGGAGACUCUGUGUCGAAGACGGAGGACAAACUGAGAAAUCUCAUGGAGACCGUGGAACAACUGCAAGACUUGACAAAUACUCUUGAUGAAGAAAUGAAACGUUUUAAGCAGCAAGAAGAUGAGCAAACAAUAAAGGAUUGGAAGGCCAACAUGACUCAGCUGAAUCAGUGUUCAAAUAUGACAUGUUCAACAAACUUAUCGAAGAUUGUCCAUAAUGUGGAGGAACGAGUGGAGGAGUGCUCCUUAGAGCAGGCCGAAUUGCGUAAGAGACUGAAGAGGUGUGAGAGUAUUCAGACGGACCUUGUCCAGUCUGCUGGAGAGGUGUGCUCAACUAUGUGUACUCUUGAGAAAACAGUUAAUGCCUUUCAUCCUCAAUACGAUACUGCUGUCCAAGUUGUGAAUGACUUAUCCUCCAAGGUGGAGCGGAUGGAGAAGAGGAUCGAGGAUUUCAAUUGUAACGAGAAACUUGCUCAGGAAAUCUCCCGAGUUUAUGAGACAAAAACAGAAAGCUUCAAGGAGAUGAGUGUGCUCACCAUUAGCUUACAAGAGCUGCGAAGAGAUCUUAGAGAACUUCAAGACCAUGUUAACAAUAAUGACUAUCAUCAUGGCCAGGGAAUUGCUGAGAUCGAAACCCGCAUGGUGGUGAUGGAAAGCACGUUGAGCGAUAUCCAGAAUGGUGAACACUCAGAGAAACAAGAGAGAGUAACGUUGAACGACACUGUUGACACAUUGCAGAGGAAAAUGGACAUGCUGAAGCAGAAUGUGGCUUCAAGCGGAGACUUGGAAAGUCGCAUCGAUCAUGUGGCGUCUACAACUUUCAGUAAUCUACAGCAUCUGGAGAGCAAGGUGGAGCGGUUUUCAACGGGCGUACAAUCCGCCCUUGAGAGCGCAGCAUUGGCAGACAGGAAAUGCGGAGCACUAGGAGUUGAAGUUGUAAAAGUAUUUCGUAUGUUGAAAGCGGCCACAGCUUCAAGCAAUCUCGACGUUGGUGGCAGCCAUUGGCCACGGCUGCCAGGUGAUGGCAGCGGCUACAGAGGACGAAGCCAUUCACCUCCAUUAAGGAGCGCAACUCAUAGACUGCAGAAUGCGAGUAAAUCACCUCCAUUAGGACGAAAAUCCACAUGGAGUUCCAGUAGAGUUAUUUCGUCGCCCUUGAGACGCUCUGGCGCCCCUCGAACCCGCCACAAGUCUGGAGUGAGAGAGAAACGAAGAAACCAGAGUUCUGAUCUUCCGAAACUGGAAGGCUGGGAGCGAGAUAAGCACUUAACAGAAUCGGAACAAGACCCCAACAGAAGAAGUCCCGCCAAAAACGAUUAUUGGUUGAAGUCAUAUCCACGAGAGUCCCAACCAUUCGGAUUUCCAGGACAAGCUCUCACAGUGGUGGGGGACAGAGCGCCGAUAGAUCCAUAUUCGAUGCCAGACCGACGUCAACAGAACUUGCAGAAGACUAAUAUACGUCUGGAGGGUGGCCGAAUCCAUGUGAAUGUUUGUCGGCGAUCUGGUACAGUAACUACAAGUCAUUAUGAGAAGCGAGCUGAUGCAAUUGCCGUUGAAUCGUAACCCAGUUCCAAACUAGUGCACCCAGUGAAUCCAGGACUAUCUCCGAUAAGUUAGAGGAGGCUGUCGUCCCCAACCAAGACCAAUGACAAAACCAGCCUUGUCUAAGUUAACAUCCUUCAUUUCACUCAGUUUUCCACUGGAUUUUGUCAUUUCUCCAGUAGCGAGAUGCUUUCCUCUCUACUCUUUGGCCUGAUGAUCACAAAUUGAUUAGGUACGCUUUGGACUGUUUCUAGUGGGUUUCAAAGCUCUACUCAAGUUGGUUACAAUUCGUAGCUAAUGUCAAGUUACCCCAGGUGAGGACUGGCUUGUAGCUAUCAAGAGUAGAAUUUCUCUAGUCACUGAUGUUAUUUGAAUGCAGUGCUUGCAGCACAGAAAGACAUGUUAUAGAAUCCCGAUAGAUAGGUUAGGUAUCAAUUCAAUCAUUGAUGUGUUUCGUCAAGCGAAGGAAUAUUCAUUGUGCUUGAGCGUUUGACUCAUGAAUGAUUCAAAAAAACUAUUAAUCAGCUACCUACAAUGUAAAUUAUUCUUUUGGAUAAGCAAAGCUUUAUCUGAUUCA